UAGGGGUCUGUAAGGUGAUUGAAUCGGCAACCUUGGCGUCAUUAACAUCACACAGCUAUCUGGACCAGAGAGAAAUGCCAGGAUCUGAUUGGAGUAGAGCAGAGGCCAGGUCCGGCAAAGCCGAGGAGGGGAGAAACCUUUGCCCUUUCCAAGUGAGCCCUUCGUAGUCCUGGCGUGACCCACCUGCAGGAUGGAUGCAACCUUGAAAGAACUGACUAGUUUAGUAAAAGAAGUCUAUCCAGAAGCUAGAAAGAAGGGCACACACUUCAAUUUUGCAAUUGUUUUUACGGAUCUUAAAAGACCUGGCUAUCGAGUAAAGGAGAUUGGCAGCACUAUGUCUGGGAGGAAGGGAACUGAUGAUUCCAUGACUCUGCAGUCGCAGAAGUUCCAAAUAGGAGAUUAUUUGGACAUAGCAAUCACCCCUCCAAAUCGGGCACCUCCUUCGGGGCGCAUGAGACCAUAUUAAAUUGUAUUUACUGUUUCUUGAAUUAGUUUUCAUUCAGUUAUGUAAAAUAAACUUUUUUCCUCCCUUCAUUUUUGCCAUUAAGCCUUUAAACAAAUUGUGAAUUAUCUAUUUAGGAAUUAGGUUUGGCUGUGUUAUGGUAUGAAUAUUAAUGGAGUCCAUAUGUUUCAAAUCUUGUAAAAUAUGAAGAAAACUGCUCUUAGCAUUCAGUGUAAAACUGUAUUGUUAAAUAUAUGUGUGCAAUCAA